UUUACCUCGUAAGGUCCUUCUUCUCGAGUGUCUUAUUUAAAGGAAGAGAACAUCGAUUUGUACUUCGAAUACGUUGUGAUAAGGUACCUUUGGAGUUUAGUUUAUUAUCUUUUGAAUGGGAAGAAGCUACCACGAAGAUCGCGGGAAAUGUUUUUAUAUUAUAUCGUCGUAUUGUUCCUGUGUUGGCCGAAUGCGAGGGGAACUGACAAUGUCGUAUCUCAAGAUGAAACCAUCUACGAUCAGAUUGCCACAGCAUCGGAAAAUAUAAGGACUAUCGUUAAGACCGUUCCACCAUCGAUCGAUACUUCCAUUCAUUAUGAAAAUUCAAAUGGAUUUAUACCAAUGACAUCAGCCACUAUUACAUCUAAAUAUCAUCAACGAGUCGAAUUUAUCCCAUCAACGACGUACAAUCCAAUAAACCUGUUCGAGGAUCAACAAGAAAAUUCUACAACAUCCGCUUUUCUCAAUCGUGAUAUCAAAGGGAAUCUUUUGAGAAAUAUUGAAAAGCUCGAAAGUGAUUUAGUCGAAUCACCGGAAGCAAGAAUAUUUCUCGAUCUACCUCAUUCAAGUACGAAUCGUAGAUCCUUUGAAUUUCAAGACGAUCAAAAUACAUUCGAAUUGUUGAAAGUACAUAACGAUACACCGGCGGUAGCUAAUUAUAAUGAUUUUUACGAGAAUAUAGAAAACUUUGGUGAGGUAGAUGAUACCAACGAGGAUGAAAAUUUGUCGUUGAUCAACGAAAACAAGAGCGAUCGAAGAAAGAGAAUUGGUAGUUAUGCGACGAGUUAUGGUACCAUGAACGAACAAAGUGGCAAGACGGAGGACGUUUAUGGUCGCUAUCGUUCUUACGAUGCCGCAAAAGAUGAGAAAAGAACGAGUCAAAUGCCAGAGAAAGUAACGAGUAAUUACCAUCAGCGCAAUACCGUGAACUAUAACGGUCAUGGGCAGAGUACUAGCAGGCAAAAAAUAACGGAGACAUCAGCGGCCUCAUCAAGGACGAACUAUGAAGACAAUGAAUCGAAUAAAAACAAUGGAGAUAAUUAUGAUAAUUUGGCAUCGGCCUCGAAUCUUUCAAAGAAUCGACAUAAGUUCACGAAACCUGUAGUGGUCGUUGAACCAAACCAUUAUCAGAUCGAGUUGAACUUUGAUAAACAGUCGAGCAAUGCUCAGAGUACUCCGUCUACCGAAAAUCAUUUUAAACAUUCCGAUUCUAUCGCUGCUGAAUCGUCUAAUGUGUAUAAUAGAUAUCAUCAGGAAGCAAGAGGACGUAGUUACAAUCGGGAAGACUCCAAUGACGAUUCCAAUGAUAGCAUGGAUUAUAUGGAUUAUACCGAGAAACCUGCAAGAGUACAUAAAAGUAAAAGACGACCUUACAGCGUAGAAACAUCGAGAAGAUUACCCAAGGAACAUCGUACUGUGAUCGAAGACAGUAUGGAGUCGGAGAAUUACAGAAAAAGACCGAGUUCGACGAGAUUGAGAUCUCAUCGACAACGUUCACAGUCAACGACUUGGACCAAUGACAAUAGAAAUCGAAACGAAGACGAUAGUACCGAGGAAAAAGUUCAUGAAUCCAGAAUGCAUGUUUCUAGUUCGCAGAUAAAACAACAAAAGUCCCAGCAGCAUUUGAAAACAAAGCCUAACAAUGGAUGGAGUCAGUUAGGACCGAACAUCGAAAUCUCUCAUUCGAAUGGGAUCGAGAUUAGCCCGAUAGAAAAAUCGAAUCUCGUUAUACCGGUUGGUCUUAUGUCAAUAGCUAACUUUGAUCAUGCCACCGCACUAGGUAACAGUCAAGGAUUCGACGUAUCCAACGUGCUUUAUCAAAAUCUUGUAACACCUACACCAAUUGGUACAGUUAGCACAGCUACUACUCCUCUUCUCAGUUCGCAUCAAUCUAACGUCGGUCAGAACGUAGUGGCAACUUCAAACGUGCCAAGAACUUUAACGAAUUUACCAAAUAUUCAGAACGUCGGAAUAUCUACACCGAUACCGGAUAUCAUAGUUGGUCAAAACAGUUAUCAGAAUCCCUCGCAUACCGUGCUCGUUCCCCAAGCAAAUCUACCAAACAAAAUCCCGACAAAUUCAAACGCUCAGCACGUUUCCAGUACUAUAACUCCUAUCUUUGCUCUGACGACUAGACUGACUCCAACUUUGCAAAGUCUACGUGUUCAAAAUAUACCGAAUAACAUCACUCCUCGACCUGGGUUUGCUACUACAACUCCUAGUUCUAAUUUGCAACAAAUUACUGUGAAUCAAAUGCAACAAGGCAUUUCACAUUUGAUAGUUCCACAACCGACCGUUCAAACGUUAUCUAAUCUUCUCCAAGCACCGACACAAACUAAUACUGAAUAUAACAUACAAGUUAAUCCUCAUGGGCUUCAAGGUCAAAAUGUUAUUUCUCAAAAUAACUUUCAAAUACCUAAUUAUCCAAUACAUACUGCCACAACGCCGUCCCCUCAAUUUCAACCUGUAACCAGAAUAAAUCUUAUCACAACCGAUACACAAAACAAAAAGACUUUUAUCCCAGCCUCCGGUGGUAAUAUUUUAGCUUCUGCCAGUUUCACGGUAGGACAAAGUUCGCAAGUACCAUCGCCCAACGAUAAUAAUUAUGCCCCUCAAACCAAUUUCAGACCAAUAUUUCAAGAUAAUCCAUAUAGAGUAAUAAAAGAUGAUAACAAUAUGCCAAAAGCAAAGACUUAUCUACAAACUGCCAAUUUAGUACCUUUCUAUCAUCCGGUUCCUCCUAUGGAUGAAACGAGUUUGAAUCAACAAGCAUCGCAGAGUGUACACAAUAUGAAUUUUGUCUUACCUAGAUUACAAGAACAAAAUGCUCAAUAUCAAAACGUUUUACACCAAUUGCAACUGCAAUUACAUCAAGGUCAAUCUUUGAGAAAUAAUAAAUUUGCAAAUUAUCCGUAUCAAACCAGCGACACCGUAAGUAGUCAGACGAUCAAUAAUGUCAACACGCUACCCGUUCCACAGAACAACAAUUUUGCACAUCUCCCAAAAGUUGGGACCAAAAACGUCGAGAUUUUGAAUCCGAAUAUUAAACCAAGUCCAAUAGACACUACUAUAAUGCAUCCUCUUCCCACUCUACAUUAUCCUAUUAUAACAACACCUAUUCCAAUUCUAAGCACAACACCGAUAUCAUUGAAUACACUUACUCCAAGUUAUACCGACUCUUUGACAGAUACAAGAGCUAAUCAACAAAGUUCAUCAACGAUGGACAUGAAAACAUCACAGAAUCAAGAAAAACCGAUCUUCAAUCCGAUCAAUUUCGUUCCUAACGUAGACGUUAUAAAAAAUCAAAAUGUUCUAAAUAGCAAAUUGCAAAAUCACGAGACACUUCAGCAACCUUUGAACUUGGUCCCUUUGAUACCCGACGGAAAUUUCUUUAAGCCAUCGUUCGCAGCACAGAGUGAAUUACUGACAAAACCAAAAUUGACCACCGAUUUAGAAAAAUACGCGGAGGAAAUGUUCAAGGAGUCAUUGAGAACGAUUUAUAAUUCUCAAAAGUGGAACAACGAUAGAAAAGUUCAACCUUCGAAUAAUCAGACACACGUCGAGCCAAACGAUAUCGUGGCAUUGAAAAAUGAAUUGAUGAAAUUGAAGGCAACGCUACCGACGGAUACGAAACAAAAUAAAGAAAUUCUUGAAGCUUAUCAGAGCGAGAACAAAAUUCGAACGACCGAGGCAACAAAAUUAACGAGUUCUGGAAAUGAUAAGAAAAAGCCAGAUCCAUUGUUAGCAACGUUAGAAGAACUGUUAAAAGCACAAUCAUCGGCAGAACCUACAUACGCAAAUAAUCAUGGACAUCGACACAAACAUAGUCGCAAACGACCAUACUCGUCGAACACAAAACAUUUAAGAGAUUUUCUAACACCACCGAAACCAAGCUCGUUCCAUUCGACGAGUCAUUAUCACGAUAAACUCAGCAAGAAGAGACCUAGUUCCGCACCGCCUAGAUAUAGUCAUCACUUUGACGGUCCCAGACACACGAAAAUAAAUGGGUUAAACCUGAAAUCGAUUAGUCCUGAAGCUUCGGCAAGUAAUAUUGAUGGAGUACGCAUUAGUCGUCCCGGUUAUCCCGAUUUCAGGAAAAUUCCUUCAGUAGACGAUUAUCCAACAUUUACAACCUCGACGCCAAAUAUUGAUGAUCUUAAAAAAUUCAUUAAGGAGCUUAAAUCUUCGAGUUCAACAAACAAAAGUAACGAGUACGAUAUUAAUCAUCCUAGAAUGCACAAUCUUCUUGCUUUAUUGAUGAAGAACAAACAAUUGCCAUCGAGCAAUAAACCAACUUAUUUUCGCAAUAGCGAUCAAUUGCGACAAUUUUUCGAGGACGAGAAACGAAGGUUACAGGAACAAUUUUACAACGAUACUCUGAGAAGCUAUUUGGAAAAGAAUUCUGAAAAUGUUUCACGUAUGAUGCCUAGGUCUAGUGUAAUCGGUGCCGAUAGAGUUUAUGCGAAUGCGGCCGCGUAAAUCUAACGAAAAAAUUUAAUAGGUGAGAAAUUUAAAUUAGUCGAUUCAUGUAAUUACGAUGUCAUAUUUUUUACUCCAACGAUAUUGCGUUGCUUGUACUAAUGUACAAACUAUACGCCUAGAAGUUAAGUAGUUAAAAUGUAUUAUUUUUUAUAAGAAACAAAAAAAAAAACAAAAAAAAAACACACAGUUCAUAUUUUCUUUGUUUAAAGCUUACAAACGCAUAUAUCACACAUACAUACAACGUUUUUUCUUUUAGUGUAAUGUACUUGCGCGGUACAUUAUCUUUUAAUGAAAAUUUCUUUGCGGUUACUUAUAACCAUUCUUAAAUAUAGGAGUAAUAUGUACGUGUUCUGUUUGGUGAAAAACGAUGAUAUCGUUAUUGUAAAUAUUAAUGUAAGAAAAAAAG